AUGCUCAAACCCAGCACUGCUCCAGAGAGCCCCUUUUCCGGCGGCGCCGGGAUUCCAAAGAGAGCGUUUUGGGCGAGGAACGCGCCUUUGGCCACCACCUCAGUGGGAGAACCCCGGCCUGGCACCGCGCCCUGCCCACCCCGACGGUCUCCGGCGCCGCUCCGGCCCCUCCGCCCGGCCCCCGUUCGACCCCCCCGCCUCCGCCCGGCCCCCGUUCUGCCCCCCCCACGGGCGCGGGGCGAGGCCCGCUGCCCGCCGCGGGGCCGCCUGCUGGGGCUACUCGCUCCCCGCCCGACAGGGCGCCCCGCCCUCGGGGUGUCCCUCGCGGCCCCGGCGGGGUCUCCCUCCCACGGCCGUCCCUCACCCGUGGGCGCCGCUCCCUCCGCCCCUCUCGCAGGGCCGCGGUGUCGGCCCAGCUGCCUCCGAGCGCUUCCGCCCGGGUCACGGGCCGCUUCCGGCCCCCGCGCGCCCAGCCCGUACAGCGCCCGUGCUCCCGGCAUGCUGUGCGCGCGAGCGGUGUAUGCUGGGGCGCGUAGUUCUCGGGGGCAUCUGCAGGCCCGCCAUGUCAGGGUUCGGGGUUGUCGGCCGACAGCAGCUGAACAUGAGCGAACGCAUGCCCGGCUGGCCAGGAAGGCCAGUGGCAUUUUGGCUUGUAUGCAGAAUGGUGUGGCCAGCAGGAACAGGGCAGUGAUGGUCUCAGCGCUGAUGAGGCCGCACCUCGAGUCCUGUGUUCAGUUCUGGGCCUCUCAAUUAAGGCACAACAUCGAGAUUGGACUCGAUGGAGGUGUUUUGGACAGAGGUGUUUUCCAGCCCAGCUGAUUCUGGCAUUCUGCGGCCGAGCGGCGUGCGGGAGAUGCA